GCCAAGCCAGGACAGAGAAACGUUCGUGGAGAUUACCUUAUGAGCACCAGUUGUAAUUUCUGCUCGGACAGCUGGGAGAUGGUUUUGAUCUUUUUGCCCAGUCUAGGGUCUACACUUAUCAUGUAGCCAUUGUUUUGUGUCAGCGUCUGCAGGUUCCCAACAUGCCUUGCCACGUCUGGCGGGAGUCGGAGGGUUCGACUCAUUUCCUGCUCUACGGGAAAAGGUGAAAAUGAACAACAACAUUUCUCGGAUCGCUGCCAGUCGCAGUAGGACAAGUCAACAGGUUAUCUCCGGGGACGUCUUAUUACCUGUAAUAUCAUUUUCGUUCGAUCCGGUACCAAGACCGCCAUCGUUGAAGCGAACUGAGCUCUCAGUCGCCAACACACGUCCCAACCGUCGUGCAGCUAAUUGCACAUUCCCCACCCCACCUUCAACCAACAGUCUUUCCUCUCCCAAGACCAUCGAAGCCGGCGAAUCGUUCGAUGUACGUCCACUGGUCCAUUCGCAUGCUUCAGGACCCUGCUGAUGUUUCAUCAGUCGGAAACAUCAGGUUCGACAAGACAAACCGAAUAAGGCAAGGAUGCCGCU